AUGUUUAAGUUAAUUUUUAUAUUAUGCAUUAUUCUCAGCUUUUAGAAAAGAAUAUAUUACAACAGAUAUGAAGAGGAUCCUAUAAAUUCUUACGAAAAAUGUUAACGAAUGUUUUGCUAAGAUUAUGCUGACUCAUGCUUUUCUGACCAGCUUUGUAUGUAUACUUAACAUAAUUGUUUCUCAAAAUAUUACUCAAAAGAUUCCUAAAAUUAUAAAAAUGAUGUACUUAAAUAUAAAUAAUAAACUCAUUUUAGUACUAUGAAUGCAUAAAAUCAAAUAUCAAAGCCAAAGUGUAUAUAAAUUGCAUGGAAAUUUAUUGCUAACAAGACCUUUUAUUCAUUUAUUCUAGGAUAAAUAAGAAAAAUUGA